CUUCUCGAAUUUGGGUGUAUUGGGCACCUGGUGACCCGUGCCGCCGCCAAGAGCGGAGAGGUCAACAUUGUUGCCAUCAAUGACCCCUUUAUCAACCUGGACUACAUAGUCUACAUAUUCAAAUAUGACUCCACCCACGGUGUUUGGAAGCACAGUGAAGUGAGACAAGAGAAUGGCAAGCUGGUCAUUGGCAACCUGCACAUCACAGUUUUCCAUGAGAGGGACCCUUCCCAGAUCAAGUUGGGCGAUGCUGGAGCUGACUAUGUUGUGGAGUCUACUGCUGUGUUCACCACCAUCGACAAGGCCUCUGCUCACCUGCAGGGAGGUGCCAAGAGGGUCAUCAUCUCCGCCCCCAGCGCCAAUGCCCCCAUGUUCGUGAUGGGUAUCAACAUUCUUGUCGCCCCUUAUGAAGAGAUCAAGAGAGUCAUCAAGGAGGCCUCCAAAGGACACAUGAAAGGAAUUCUGGGAUACACAGAGGACCAGGUGGUAUCCACUGACUUCAACGGCGACAAACGUUCCUCAAUCUUCGACGCCGGCGCAGGCAUUGCACUCAAUGACCACUUUGUCAAGCUGGUCUCAUGGUACGACAAUGAGUACGGCUAUAGCAACCGUGUUAUUGACUUGUGUAUGCACAUGGCACUCAAGGAGUAA